CUUCGUGAUGUCACUCAGGUUUGGAAAUUGCCAACUGCAUAACCAGUUUCUAACCAGAAUGCCGAUGCCUUCAUCAGAACAACAUCUCCACGCAAAGGCACAGAUUGUGUUCGAGUGACUAAAUCCACUGGAGGUGAAAUCUGAGGGAGGAAGAAAAAAACGGACAGAGGAGAAAAGUCAUGGCUUCCUCUAGCAAUUUCUUAUACGAAGAGCAGCUCCAGUGCUCCAUCUGUCUGGAUGUGUUCACUGAUCCAGUCUCUACUCCAUGUGGACACAACUUCUGUAUGAUCUGUCUCAAAGAGUUCUGGGACACCAGUUCACAUUACCAGUGUCCAAUGUGCUUAGCGGAAUUCCCUAAAAGACCCGAGCUCCGGGUAAAUACUUUUAUUUCUGAACUGACUGCACAGUUUAAGAUGUCGGUUCAGGUGAAAUCCAGCAGUGGAGCAGAUCAACCUCCAUACCUCAAACCUAAAGGAGUUCUGUGUGACACCUGCACCAAGGAAAAGGCUGAGGCUCUAUGGUCGUGUCUAGAUUGUGGGGUUUCUUUAUGCAUUACUCAUUUUUUGCCCCAUAAAACGACAGUUAGAUUAAAAAAACACAAACUGAUCAGCCCUGUGGAGAAUCUGGAGGACUAUAUCUGUCAAAAACAUGAGAGACCCUUGGAGCUGUUCUGUAGAGAUGACCAGAUGUGUGUGUGUCAGUUCUGUAUUUUGGGAGACCACAAAACUCACAAUGCUAUUCCUAUGGAGGAGGAAAGUCAAGAGAAGAAGAGUCACCUCGUGGAGACACAGAAACAUGUUCAGAAGAUGAUCGAGAACCGACAGGAAAAGAUUGAAGAGCUCAAACAGUCUAUUGAAUUCAAUAAAAAACACACAGACAAAGAAAAAACAGAAAGCAUGAAGAUGUUCAGUGCUCUGAUGCGCUGUAUUGAGAGAAGCCAGGCUGACCUGCUCAAAGGGAUGGAAGAAAAGCACAAAGCAGCAGAGAGGCAGGCUGAACAGUUCAUUAGAGAGUUGGAGCAGGAGAUAAUUGAGCUAAAGAAGAAAAACAGUGAGAUGGUGCAGCUCUUACAAACACAGGAUCACCUCAUGUUCCUACAGAUUUACCCAUUUCUCCAUGGACCUUUACACAACAACAACUGGAAUUAUGUCAAAUGUCAUUCUCCUCUGAGUAUUGAGCCACUAAGGAGAGCUCUGAAUCAGCUUCAGGUGUCUCUCAAUGAGGAGAUUAAAAAACUUCCAGAGAUUGAACUGAAGAUAUAUCAACAGUAUGCAGUGGACGUGACUCUGGAUCCCGAUACAGCAAAUUCUAAACUUAUCCUGUCUUAUAAUAGCAAACAAGUGAGAUAUGACAACAAGGGACAGAAUGUACCUGAUAACCCAGAGAGGUUUAAGCGAUGUGUCAACGUGCUGGGAAAGGAGGAAUUCUCCUCUGGGAGAUUUUACUAUGAUGUGCAGGUCAGAGGGAAAACAGCUUGGGAUUUAGGAGUGGCUCGAGAGUCUAUUAACAGGAAGGGGGAAAUUAUAUUCAAUCCAAAAAAUGGAUACUGGAUUGUGAUGCUGAGAAAUAAGACUGAAUACAAGGCUUGUGAAUCUUCCCUCAUUCCACUGACACUGAAACAGGCCCCUCAAAAGGUGGGGAUCUUUGUGGAUUAUGAGGAAGGUUUGGUCUCCUUCUACGAUGUUGAGGCUAAGUCUCAUAUUUAUUCAUUCACCGGUCAGACUUUCAAUGAGAAACUCCAUCCAUUCUUCAGCCCUUGUCUUAAUAAUGGUGGUAAAAAUUCAGCACCGCUGGUCAUCACCUCUAUUGAGCAUUAUUUUUCCACAGAAAACAACUUCACAGAAUAAGUAUGAA